AUUCUUGAUCAAUUGCUUAUCCAUUAAGAAAAACUGCCUUUAACCGAUGGUUUAUUCAAAAAAAAGAAACUACCAAAACAGGUUCUAGUAAGAUAUAAAUGAUUUUACACAUUCUUAUUUUUCAUAAAUAAUGUCUUUGUUUUAAGAAAUUAUCAUUAAAAUAUUAUUAUAGAUGGGGAAAAUAAUACAAAAAUGUUAUUCAAAUAAAGAAAACAAAUCAUUGUUCAACUUAAAACAUUAUAAAGACUAAUAUAUACAAUUAAUCUUACAAAAAAGGCAAUUUUUUCAAAAAAUUACUCAUAUCUUAUAUUUUUUUCAAAAAUGACUAACAACACUUAAAAAAAGCAAAUCAUUCAACCUUUUUAUAAAUCUAUAUUUUUUUUAAUUAACCUUUAUUUUUUAAUAAUAUUUUUAAAAAAUAUUAACGACAAUUAAUUUAGGAGGUAAAAAAUACUAAGAAAUAUGAUAAAUACAUUAUUAAAGAAACAUGCGCCAAAAAAUAAAGGUUCUAUAAAAACAUUAAAAAUUGGUGGAAUUUUAAGCAAUUUAUUUUUUAUUUCAAUACGUUUAAUCUAUUAUUACGCAUCAACAACAAAAUAUACAUUUAUUUUUUAUUUUAUUUCAUGUUUUUUUUCCACAGCUUUAUCUUUUUUAUUAUGGUCUAUAGAUUCAUCUAAAUCUGAAAAAAAAUCUCUUUAUUCUUUUAAGAAUUUAAAUCGAAAAAGACUUGUUACAUAUAUGUUUUAUACCAUUUAUACCACAUGGGUUAUUUAUGUUUUUACUUCUAUUUUUACUGAUAAAGCAUGGUUUUUAUAUAUUAUUCCAUGCUUAUUAUUUUUAAAGCAUUUUUUAUCAGCAAUUAAAUUUUUUCUUCUAAAAAAACAAAUAAAAUUAGAGAAAGAAUCAAUUAAUAGAAAAGUCAAGUACAUUCAUUCUUUUUAAACCAAACAAAAACCAAUUCUACAUUCUCUUAUAAAACUAGGCUAUCUAAUCAUCAAUAUUUCUAAUAAUUUAGAAUCUUUGAUUCAUUUAUUAUUACUUUAAAUAUUUUAUCAUAAAAAUUAUAUCAAAUAUAAUAUCUUCUAAUUCUAUAGAUUUUAUUAAAAGGAAAUAUCUACAUUAUUGUUAUUAUUAUUAUAACAAUUUUAUUUCUUAAUUUCAUUAAAUCUUAUGAUUAUGAUUUAAGAUCAAACUGCAACUCCCAUAAAUUUUUAAUAGAAAAAUAUGAUAUAAAUAUACGUAUAAACCACUAUAAAAACA